AUGGUGCGAACAGGCAAACUCAAGAAGAAAUCUACCUCCGUCCACUCUCGCGCUGCCCGCCGUGGCAACUCACCUUCCGAUGUCGACAGAUCCUUGGAGUCAAUGUCUCGAGUAGAGGCGCCGACGAAAGCAGCCGGUGUUCUUGCAGCACACGCAAACGCCGGUAUAUCAAAGAAGAAAGCCACCAAAAAAUUGACUCGAUCGCAACGUCUCCGCCAACAGAAAGGGAUCGAGAGGGGAGAAAUGCUUUUCGAUCGAUUGGAAACUAAGGUCGAGAAGGCCAAAACAUCUUACUCAAAAGUGGCAAAUGCGCGCAAGGUACAAUGGGAGGACCUCAGUGGCAAGCAGGCCAAGGCGGCGAAGAUUCUUCAGCAAACACAACACAAUGACGAUGAGCGAAUGGAAGAAGACGAAAAAGUUUCAUCAGCUGCCCCUAUUACAUCCAACAAACCUGCAUUCACAACACCAGUCGCAAGUUCCUUGCCGCCGGUAGAACCUGCAGCCGUCGAUGAUGAUGACAACAUUACUUGA